CGAGCAUUGGCUCGCGCCCGAUGCGCGCGGUGCAGUGGGAGGGUUGCUGUGGAGAUCCGAGACUCUGAUAACCCCCCGUGCGUGCUGCACAAGUGGUGAAAGCCUCGCGCUACGUACUGGCUAAUGAUUGGCACGCUUGACAGUGAUUGGCAGGGCUGCCAUGACAACGCCACAACGACACCAAGAAGACCAAUAGAAAAGGGAAACAAAAUGUUUCAAUGCUACACUCAACGGCGGAUUUAGGGGGGAGAUAUUAUGAGGCUGGUGUCAUUAGGCGAUAGCCAUUGAAUCAUUCAAGCUUUUUUUACUAGCCGUAUUUUUCGGGUUUUUUCCCCCCUUUUUCUCGGUAAUUUUCUUUCUCUCUCAGGUCAUUUCCAUGGUUUUCAGAUCCCCUUUAGAGCUUUAUCCCUCCCAUUUCUUCCUGCCUAACUUCGCUGAUCGCCCACUGCUGCUGGCGAACAGCGCUCCCGCCGCCAGGUCUCCAGAAGACUUGUCCAUGUUUCAGCUACCGACCCUCAACUUCUCCCCGGAGCAGGUGGCGAGCGUCUGCGAGACGCUGGAGGAGACCGGGGACAUCGAGCGGCUGGGCCGCUUCCUCUGGUCCUUGCCGGUGGCUCCGGGAGCGUGCGAGGCGAUCAACAAGCACGAGUCCAUCCUGCGCGCUCGCGCCGUGGUGGCGUUCCACACGGGGAACUUCAGAGACCUCUACCACAUCUUGGAGAACCACAAGUUCACCAAGGACUCGCACGGCAAGCUGCAGGCCAUGUGGCUGGAGGCUCACUAUCAGGAGGCCGAGAAGCUGCGCGGUCGUCCCCUCGGACCUGUCGACAAGUACCGGGUGCGGAAGAAGUUUCCGCUGCCUCGGACCAUCUGGGACGGGGAGCAGAAGACGCACUGUUUCAAAGAGCGGACGCGGAGCCUGUUGCGGGAGUGGUACCUACAGGACCCGUAUCCGAACCCGAGCAAGAAAAGGGAACUUGCUCAAGCCACUGGACUCACUCCUACACAGGUCGGGAACUGGUUUAAAAACCGGAGGCAAAGAGACAGAGCAGCGGCGGCCAAAAACAGGCUCCAGCACCAAGCAAUAGGACCGGCCGGCAUGAGGUCCCUCUCAGAGGCCGGACUCACCCCUCACAGCUCGGCCGAGUCGCCCUCGACCGCGGCCAGCCCCACUACCAGCGUUUCCAGUAUGACAGAGCGAGUCGACACCGGGACGUCCAUCCUGUCCGUCACAUCCAGCGACUCGGAGUGCGACGUAUGAUACGGCGAGGAGGAGGGCGGGGGAGGUGGAGGGGUGCGGGUUGGGAGGUCGAAACAAGAAGAAGACAAAAAAAAAAAAAAAAAAAAAAAAGAAAGAAAAAAGAGAGAAAUAUUUACAGGGAAAAACGGACCCGAGAAGAUGAAAAAAAGACUUAUGAGAAAAGGACCGAUUGAUAUAAAUAUUAAAAUAAAAAGAGAUAAAAGCACGUCUUUUUUUUUUUUUUUUUUUUAUUAAAGCGCUUUCAAAGGACCCACGCCUACCCCUCCUCUUCAUCCCCCCUUCACACCAACAACAACACUAGACUACUUGCAUGAUUUUUUUUUAAAUUCUUUUCCAUUUUGUAAUCAGGGAAAUCAACCUGAAUGCAAGAUUUUUUUUUCUUACACCUCCAGCCCCCCCAUCAGGAACCAGAGGGAAUAAAAACAGAUCGUCUUUAUUUUAUUUUAUUUUAUUUUAUUUUAUUUUAUUUUAUUUUAUUUUAUUUUAUUUUAUUUUAUUUUUCUCCAUCCAAAUGAUGACGGCGAGGAAGCAGCCGUGCAAACCAGAUGCAAUCCUGUUUUCAUUUUUCUUCUUCUAUUUUUUUUUUUGUUUACUUUGUGUUCAUCAGACAAUCAUUUUUAAGUCGUAUGCACCUUUUUUCUUAACUGCAUUUCUGUCACUGCCUGUGCGUGUGCGUGCUUGGGUGUGUGUGUGUGUGUGUGUGUGUGCGUGUGUGUGGGUGUGUGGGGGUAUAAACCUGGUCGGAAAGAGGGGGGGGGGAAAGGAAAAAAAAUAUUAAUGCUAAUAAUAAUAAUGUGUCGAACGGAUCCGUUUAUGACUGUAUCAGAUUUUUAUUUUUUAUUUUCAAAAAAAAGUUUAUAUUGAAUUAUGUAUAUCUCAAAUAAUGCGAUCAUUCUCCCGCUCUGUAAUAUACGUGUAGAAAUAUGCUUGUACAUAAUUAUUGCUCUGCCCCCCGCCCCCCCUUUACCCCCCUCUUCCUCCUCCUCCUCAUCCUCUUUUCUAUCCCCCUUCCUCACUUUUCUUGACUUGGUGUUCCUACAUAAAAUAUUUGUCAAAACUUACACCUCGAGUGCUGCAGGCGUUUUUGUUGCGUUGUUUUUUUUUGUUGUUUUUUUUUUUUUUUGUAUUUUUUAUUUUAAUGUGUUGGUGGCUUACUAAUCUUCAUAUAUUUGGUCUGAGUGGCUGGUAAAUGUGUUGACCCCUCGCUAAAAGCCGUAUCCAUCUUGUUAUUUUUUUUUUUUUUAAGUUUGCUUGUUUAUUAUUAGCGUGUAAUUUAAAUGAAACGUUGAAUUCGCCUCGCCUCUGUGCAUGCUGUCCGUCUUUCCAUCCGAUUACGGAUAAGGGCGGUCAUAAGUGGUUAAACACAUGCUCAUAUUGGCUCAUUAUUGGAUUGUUGGAGCAUUACCGCUCAUCCUCGCUUAUGAUCCCCCUGCUUGGUGGAAGGUUAUGCAGUCAGGUGGUUAAACUUGCGCGAAUUUUUUU